CCGCUGACGAGGCCGCAGUAGCCGCGCCGCGGGACUGACGAGAGGAGCGCGGCACCCGAGUUAUCCCGCUCCGGGACACCGGAGUUAUCGCAGCUGGUCCAGUUGGCUCCCUUUGGAUAUCGGACUGGUGACCGAAUUUAGAUCUCGCGCAUGGAAACUCUACUCGGCUUCGAAGGUUCCGAAAUCCGAUGGUCACCGCCGAUAUCCAAAGGAUAACCCGCCUUAAAGGGAGUCGAUAAAGCAAUUCCCUCUUGCGAGUAACGAAAGAAGAAAAGGCCUUAAAGAAAGUAUCGUAGACCGAUGGCGACCGAAAAUACCCACAAGAUGUCCAGGAAAACCUGCCCAUGGCCCGGGCUCCUCCCGUUUCUAAUCAUAAUGCUGCUAAUUGCGAUAAUUAUGAACGCGUCCACGACUUCCGGAACUUCAACCACCAUCCGGGAUUGUCCUCGCAAGUGCAUGUGCUUCCUCAGCACAGUGAGGUGCAUGUUGCAGAAAAUCAGCAGAGUGCCUCGAGUGCCCGACAACACCACGGUCUUGGAUUUGAGGUUCAACGAUAUCGCAGAAAUACGAGUGGGAGCGUUUUACGAAUUGAAGGAUCUGCACACAUUAUUGCUGAACGACAACCACCUGAAGUAUCUGCAGGCCGAUGCGUUCAUCGGGGCUCCCAGCAUCCGUAUCCUGUAUCUUUACAAGAACCGCAUCGAGAGAAUCGCCCCAGGAGCUUUCAGGAACCUUCCGAAGCUCGAGCAACUAUAUCUGCAGAACAACCACCUGACACGGAUAGAAACGGGGACUUUCAACGACCUACCGGCCCUCGAGAGGCUUUUCUUGCAGAACAAUAAGCUCAACAGAGUGCCAGCCGAUGCUUUUCGAAACGUCGGACCCAUGACGAAGCUGAAGCUCGACAGCAAUGCCCUAGUUUGUGACUGUGAUCUCGUGUGGUUGCUGCAACGAGCCAGGACGAGGCCCUCCGAAAUGGCUGCCAUUUGCCACGAACCUACGUACAUGAAAGGGAAAUCAUUGGCAGCGAUGUCCGUCAAUGACUUUCAUUGCACCAAGCCGAAGAUCAUGGAGGGUCCAGCAGACGUGGAGGUGCACCUGGGGGAAACGGCAACCCUAUCCUGUCGCGUGGCCGGGGACCCAAAGCCGUCGAUAAAAUGGAUGCGGAACUCCGACGAGGUGCCGCUAGAUGGCGAGCACUACGUCAUGAAGGACGACGGCAGCCUGACGAUCUCCCCGAUGACGGAGAACGACGUGGGGGAAUACGAAUGCGUGGCCAGCAGCGAAAUGGGGUACACAAAGUCGAGACCAGCCCGGGCAGUCGUCACCGUCAGUCCCAACAUCCGGUUCACCGAAGUUCCCCACUCCCGGACGAUCAAGACCGGCGACGACGUAACCCUGAUCUGCAGAGCAGAGGGCACCCCAUCCCCGAGGCUCUCCUGGUGGCGAGACGGCGAACGAAUCGAAACGGGAGGCAGGACCUUCGUCGAGGACUCCGCCACCGCCCUAAGGAUCCUGGCGACAAAGGACAGCGACUCCGGGCGCUACGUUUGCCAAGCGGAGAACGAGAACGGCCUCGCGGAGGCCAGCGCUGACCUGAGGGUCCUAUCCCAGGACCCGUCUCUAGAUCCCCAGGACCUGAUCCGGUUCACCAACGUCCCUCUCUCCCAGAGCGUUCGACCCGGGGAAGACGUUACGCUGAUCUGCACCGCUGAGGGGCGUCCACCUCCCAGACUAUCCUGGUGGCGAAACGGGGAGAGGGUCCGGGAAGGCGGCAGGACCUUCGUCGAGAACUCCGGCACCUCGUUGAAGAUCCUGGCGGCGAAGGAGAGCGACUCCGCGCGCUACGUCUGCCAGGGUGAGAAUGAGAACGACAUCGCGGAAGCAGCUGCUGAUCUCAAGGUGGGAUCCGAAGGCACCAGCUCCCAGAGGGUGGUCCAGGACCCCAUCAGGUUCACCAACGUCCCUCUCUCCCAGAGCGUCCAGUCCGGGGAAGACGUGACCCUGAUCUGCACCGCUGAGGGUCUGCCACCUCCCAGGCUAUCCUGGUGGCGAAACGGGGAGAGGGUCCAGCAGGGCGGCAGGAUCUUCCUGGAGGAUGCUGGGACCACCCUGAAGAUCCUGGCGGCGAAGGAGAGCGACUCGGCGCGCUACGUCUGCCAGGCGAAGAGCGACGACGGGUUCGUCGAGGCUAGUGCCGAUCUGAGGAUCCUGAACCAGGGUACCAGCUCCCCCAGGUUGACUUACGAGCCCCAGGACAUGGAGGUGGAACCUGGGGCUUCCGUGGAAGUGCCUUGCAGGGCGGAGGGCCUUCCGAAGCCCAGUAUCUCCUGGAAGAAGGAUGGCACAGCGGUCUCUGGGAACAGGUUCAAGGUCACCCGGGGGGGCAGCUUGUUCCUCUUGAACCUCUCGGCAGCGGACUCUGGGAGGUACGAGUGCUCCGCUGUUAACGAACAUGGAAGAGCUACCUCGCAGGCGCUUAUCAGGGUCAGGCAGGGCGAGAGGACCGAUGCUCUUAUCGUCAGGGCGUUCCAGGACGCCUCGGAGAGCGUCGACAGGGCGAUUAACAAGACCCUGGUGGCGCUCUUCAGCUCCGCCGAGAGGGUGAAUCCCUUCAGGCUCACCAGGUUCCCGGACGCCGUCGGCCGAGCCGCGGCAAGGCCAGCCGAGGUCUACGAGCGCACCCUGGCGAACCUGCGUCGCCUGGUGGACUCCGGGAUCGCCGUCAACGGGUCCAACGAGUUCAGGUACGAGGACAUCCUCACCCAGGAGCAGAUCAGGGAGAUAGAGAAGCUCUCGGGGUGCACCGGGCACAGGUCUCGCAACGACUGCUCCAACGUGUGCUUCCACAAGAAGUACAGGACGAUCGACGGGACCUGCAACAACCUGGGCCACCCCACCUGGGGAGCCUCCUAUACAGGGUUCCGGAGGGUGCUGAAGCCCCUCUACGAGAACGGGUUCUCCCAGCCCAUAGGGUGGGACCGGUCGCGGCGAUACUUCGGGUUCAGGAAGCCGGCGGCUCGUCUGGUGUCCACGACGAUGAUCGCCACCCAGGAGAUCACCAGCGACGAGCAGAUCACCCAUAUGGUGAUGCAGUGGGGCCAGUUCCUGGACCAUGACCUGGACCACGCUCUGCCAUCGGUAUCCAGCGAGUCCUGGGACGGGAUAGACUGCAAGAAGUCCUGCGACAAUGCCGCCCCCUGUUUCCCCAUGGAAGUGCCCCCAGGUGACCCCAGGGUGACCAACAGACGAUGCAUCGACUUCAUCAGGACCAGCGCCGUUUGCGGCUCCGGGAUGACGAGCGUCCUCUGGGGUCUGGUCACUCCCAGGGAGCAGCUGAACCAGCUGACGAGCUACCUGGACGCCUCCCAGGUGUACGGCUACGACGACGAGCUGGCCAGGCGAUUGAGGGACCUCGCGUCGAGUCGCGGCCUCCUCAGGGUGGGUCCCACGUUCCCAGGACGCAAACCGCUGCUGCCCUUCGCCUCCGGGGAGUUCGUUGAUUGCAGGAGGGAUCCGCUGGAGAGCUCUGUCAGCUGCUUCGUGGCCGGGGACAUCAGAGCCAACGAGCAGGUCGGCCUCCUGGCGAUGCACACCCUCUUCCUCAGGGAGCACAACCGGCUCGCGGAGAGGCUCUUCGAGGUCAAUCCCCACUGGGAUGGGGAAACAUUGUACCAGGAGGCACGGCGCAUCGUCGGCGCGCAGAUGCAGCACGUCACUUUCCGGCAUUGGAUGCCGAGGGUCUUCGGGGAGGAGGUCGAGGAUCUCCUGGGACCGUACUCCGGGUACGACCCGGACCUGGACGCCUCCAUCUCGAACGUCUUCGCCACGGCUGCCUUGAGGUUUGGACAUUCCCUGAUCCAACCUGAGUUGCAGCGACUCGACUGGUCCUUCCAGAGCAUUCGCCAGGGUCCUCUUCGGCUGCGAGAUGCCUUCUUCUCGCCCUGGAGACUGGUCGACGAAGGUGGAGUGGACCCUCUCCUCCGGGGGAUGUUCGCCACCCCGGCGAAGCUUAAACUACCGGAGCAGAACCUCAACACGGAGCUGACGGAGCAGCUCUUCAGGAUCGCCCACGCCGUCGCCUUGGACCUGGCCGCCAUGAACAUCCAGCGAGGAAGGGACCACGGCAUCCCCGGGUACCUGGACUGGAGGGAGCACUGCAACAUGUCCAGGGUGGAAACCUUCGAGGACCUCCGCUGGGAGAUCACCAGCCCCAAGGUCAGGCAGAAGCUGAAGGAGCUCUACGGCCACCCUGGGAACGUCGACGUCUGGGUUGGCGGCAUCCUGGAGGACCAGUUACCCGGGGCCAAGGUCGGGCCCCUCUUCAAAUGUCUUCUCCUGGAGCAGUUCCGCAGACUCAGGGACGGGGACAGGUUCUGGUACGAGGGCGAGGCCGGCUUCAAGGACGAGCAGCUCCAGGAGAUCCGGAAGACCAGCUUGGCUCGACUACUCUGUGAUAACGGUGAUAACAUCACCCGGGUCCAGCCAGACGUCUUCGUCAUGCCUGGAGAGGGUGGUGGAUUCGUCUCUUGCGAAGACAUCCCGAAGAUGGACCUCAGGGUGUGGGCAGAUUGCUGCGAGAGCUGUCCUCUGCGCAGCAACGGCAUCUCCAGGUCCAGGAGGAGUGUCGAGUACUCCCAGGAAGAAAAUUGUGGCAACCUGACCCUGACCAUCGCCGAGAUGCAGGGGAAACUAGAAGAGCUCAGGAAGAUCGUUAACAAGAUGCUGAGAUCGAGUGAAAAGUUGCUGUAAACCGAGUGCGCAGAAAACUGUUAUUAACAAUUGACUGAUUUGACUGAUCGGAUGCUUCUUUCGCAUCGCCUUAAGAUACAGUGAGUAAAUAAAGUACGUCGAGUAACCUGGAGUAAAAACAUGGAAACACGCCUUGAGCAUUUCUCCGCAUUUAAACAAAGAAGCAUUUACUAACGCUGUGUUUAUAAACAUUUGCAGGAGAGGGAGUGCAAAUAACUCGAACGUCCCUUUCCUGCACUAACUUUGUACGGUCCAAUUUAUGUACAUAUUAAUUACCACUGCGUAUGCGUAUAGGUAUAUAAAUACAAACUCUGAUUUGCUAGAAUUAUUCUCACUAUUGUAUAAUUGUAUUUGUAUUUCUCUUGGUAAAUAAAUUUUCUAUCCAACUA